GCCCCUGCAGAAAAACCCAGAGCAAGGCUGACUCACAGCUAACUGCAAACACUUCCCCGAACCUCUUGUGGAGUCUGCGCCACAGAAGAAGAGUGCCAAAGGUCUGCGAGCCUCAAACGCCGUCAAGACAAAAAAGACAGCUACAUUUCAAGGCGCAUUCCUUUAGAUCUUCAUAUUGUCUGAAGAAGUUGCGUAAGUGGAACUGAUAUCAAAUCGGGCGGCGGCUGAUCUCUGGUAUUCAGACUGGACUCGAAGAAAAAGUUCAAAUUUCAGCCCGUUUGGAGUUUUGAUAGACUAAAAAUGUCGAAACCGAAUUACACCGGCACGUACCAUAUGAUGGAGCAGGAGAACAUGGACUCAUACCUGGAAGCUUUAGAUAUAAAUUUUGCUCUGAGGAAGAUUGUGUGUCUGCUGAGGCCCACUAAAGAGAUCACCCACGACCCGGCUACAGGGUCCAUGAGCAUCCGCACCCUCACCACCUUUAAGAACUUCAACAUGGAUUUCACCAUCGGGAAAGAGUUUACUGAAGAUCUGGGCCCAGUGGACGGCCGGACCUGUCAGACGACAGUGAGCUGGGACGGUGCGAACCUGGUUUGUGUGCAGCGAGGAGAGAAAGACGGAAGGGGCUGGACUCACUGGCUGGAGGGCAACAAGCUGCAUUUGGAGAUGAGAGUUCAAGGCAUCGUUGCCAAGCAAGUCUUCAAGAAGGCUGAGUGAAUAGCUGAACGAGGCUUUUGGUGAAUGACUUCAAUGUGUUCGUAAUAGAAUACAUUUGAGAAAUUGGUACAAGAUAUUUUUUUUUUUUUUGAUAAUCAACAAUAAUUUUGACUGAAUUUCUGUACAUAGUUAAUUGUUUCAGCCUGAUGGUGCUAAGUGAGACCAGACUACAGAGGCUUGUGUAAACAUUCCCAGCAUACUCCCUUAUAUUGCACUAUCUAUCUCCAAUAUGUUAUAAACAAAUCAUUCCUCAGUC